GGCUACAAAUACCCCAUGCAUUGCAUGCAUCCUCUCUUCAAUUCAGAAACAGUUUCUUUCGUCUUCAGUUAAAAAAAGAAGAAGGAGAAGAGGAAAAAUUCAGACAGAGAUCGACAUGGAGACGAAGGUGACCGUGGGCGUCGUCCUCCUGCUGCUGUGCCUGUGCGGCGGCGCCGCGUGCGCCGCCGGCCGCAGCGGCGGCGAGUUCUCCAUUGUCGGGUACUCGGAGGAGGACCUGGCGUCGCACGACCGGCUGAUCGAGCUGUUCGAGAAGUGGGUGGCAAAGUACCGGAAGGCGUACGCGAGCUUCGAGGAGAAGGUGAGGAGGUUCGAGGUGUUCAAGGACAACCUCAACCACAUCGACGACAUCAACAAGAAGGUCACCAGCUACUGGCUGGGGCUCAACGAGUUCGCCGACCUCACCCACGACGAGUUCAAGGCGACCUACCUCGGCCUCACGCCGCCGCCGACGAGGUCGAACAGCAAGCACUACUCGUCGGAGGAGUUCAGGUACGGGAAGAUGAGCAACGGCGAGGUGCCGAAGGAGAUGGACUGGAGGAAGAAGAACGCGGUGACGGAGGUGAAGAACCAGGGGCAGUGCGGCAGCUGCUGGGCGUUCUCGACGGUGGCGGCGGUGGAGGGGAUCAACGCGAUCGUGACGGGGAACCUGACGUCGCUGUCGGAGCAGGAGCUGAUCGACUGCAGCACGGACGGGAACAACGGGUGCAAUGGCGGCCUCAUGGACUACGCCUUCUCCUACAUCGCCUCCACCGGCGGGCUGCGCACGGAGGAGGCGUACCCGUACGCCAUGGAGGAGGGCGACUGCGACGAGGGGAAGGGCGCGGCGGUGGUGACCAUCUCCGGGUACGAGGACGUGCCGGCCAACGACGAGCAGGCGCUGGUGAAGGCGUUGGCGCAUCAGCCUGUCAGCGUCGCCAUUGAAGCAUCCGGUCGCCACUUCCAGUUCUACAGCGGGGGUGUGUUUGAUGGUCCAUGCGGUGAGCAACUGGAUCACGGUGUGACGGCCGUUGGAUAUGGUACAAGCAAGGGCCAAGAUUACAUCAUCGUGAAGAACUCAUGGGGCCCACAUUGGGGCGAGAAGGGGUACAUCCGCAUGAAGAGGGGCACUGGCAAGGGUGAAGGUCUAUGUGGCAUCAACAAGAUGGCCUCUUACCCCACCAAGGACAACUAAACUCCUACUACUAAAUAACUCAAUUGAAUCAACACAUGAGGAUCAUACAUAUGAUGGUCCUUCAAAGUUUCUCUCUUCUCCUCUUGUUUUAUUAGCCUUUAAUUCCACUGUUUUUUCUUCUUUCCAAAGAUUUGGAGGAGAGAGAGAGAGAGAGAGAGAGAGAGAGAGAGAGAGAAGCACAAGCUGUUUGUUUGUAUUCGAUUUUCUUUUGCGCGCUUUGAAAUCAUCGAUGAAAUAAUAAAUGUCAGAAGCUUCUUUUUAAGA